UCAACGAUUUGCAAAGAUGGCGGAACUCGUGCGUUCUGAACAGGAACAAGAAGUGAGUUAAUCUUAUGCAGGCCAAUACCCUGUAAUCCCUUCUUAUUAUUUCAUUCUAAAACAAAAUGUCUUGCUUUUUUCGUCGUCUAUCACAGGCAAUCGCCAUUUUCUUGCGAGAAGUUAACAAAGAUCGUUCCGAAAAUGGAUUGAGUCCCGUAGGAACUUCCACAGCCUUGUUGUUUCUCACGGCCCGUAAAUUUGACACUGAAAGAGCGGUUAACUUGUAUCGACAGUACCAGGUGAGUUUGAAAAAAAAAGCUGCGACGUGAUAUUAUUUUAUUGAGUUUAACAAAAAGGGUUUUCCCGCCUUGGAACUUAAAAACGCGCAUCGUAGCAUCAAUGUAAGUCUUAUGUUGUUUGCUGCAAAGAGUUUUUGACAACCGUCGUAAAUCCUGCCCAAUUGAUCUAUUCAGUUCUGUAGUCUCUGUUGCAUUUAGUUUUAAUUUACUUAGCAAAGCUAUAGAUGCAACAGCGAAUUUUAACCACGAGUUUAGGCUGAAUUCACCCGUGGAAAUCAUGGAAAAAAGAACAAAAUUAAUUUUAAUAAUUUUUUCCUGGGUACGACCUGUGAAAUCACUUAUUCUAGCGACUUCGAAAUGCUUUGAUCAAUGCUCUUAAAGCUCUGAUAAUCGCCUUUUCUUAUACUGGACUAGUACGAAUUUAGAAAAGGAAAGAAACACAAAGUAUUUCUCAUCUGUUAUUUAAUAUUGAGUAUUCUUUAUGGUCAAAUAUGUGUGUCAUGGAGAAAAGAAGUGUGAAAUCACAAAAGUUUGAUGUAAUGAAUCUUUGGGAUUGGUUGAAAUACUCCGAAAGGGCAAGAUGAAAAUGCCUGCUUGCCAAAAAUCAGAGUCUUUGUGGAAAUUGGUGGUGAGAUAUUGGCACUGCUAUGCUCUCCUAAACCUGUACAAAUCCCACUACCAAUGGCUUGGAUCAUAGCAUUCAUGAUCCUUGUCAAAUUUAGGAGGAUCUGUAUGGAGCCCUCAGAGCAAAACAUUGUUUAUACAUCACUUUCAAUGUCCACUAAGUCUCUGAUUUUUAAAUGAUAGCUCAACAACAUUGAUUGUCCUGCUGCCAAUGUAUGGUUCUUCAAAAUGUAGAGGAUAGAGCACUGCAACACCAAUGCAGAGGCCAUGGAUUCAAAUCCCAUUGAAGCCCGGGGGGCGGGUACUCCCAUACAUUACCUAUAUGGGUAUGUGCCGUCCGACAGGUCGUGAUUUUGAAGCUCCUGAUUUAGAAUGGGGUAUUGAUUAAAGAGGCGUUUUCUAGAACGUAGUAUAAUUUUUCGAAUGCAUAAAAGCUCCAGUUUUGUAAGCAGCCAUUUAUUAUUCAAGGACAGAUUGCUUUUAAAAAUACAGUUCAAUGGGUUCACAAGCAAACUGUUGUGCUCUUGUUGCACCCUGUGUUUUAGCAUGCAGGGCGGGCGUAUUUUGGCGCUAGCCGCGAGCGCUGACUCUGCCAUCUUGGAUAAAUAGGCGCGCAGUAGUCUGGAACAAGUCCAUAAUGUACCCGAGGGAGAUGGAGACGGGCUCAAAAGAAAGGGAUGGGGGAGGAGAAGGAAAAUCAUUAGCUUACGAACAUGGUUCUGUGCAUGAUGAGAGAUUUUGCGUAAUAAUUAACAGCAUUGUAUCCACGUGUACAGGAAAUGUACUCCGGAUGAUUAUGAAGAAGCGUUUAUUUCAUGUAUAAGUCAAACAAAUAAAGAAAUAUCUUUUUUAAAAAACAGGGCUAUUUCAAUUUAUAAACCUUUCUAGAAUGGAGUAUAAAAAAUUGGCCCAUUUCUAGAUUGGGGUAUCAGUUUUAGGGUGAAUUCUAGAAUGGGGUAUAAAAAAUUGGCCCAUUGCUAGAAUGGGGUAUCAAAUUUGGAGUCCUGGGCAGCACAUACCCACCCAAAAAAUACCCAAGUGCCCCCCCCUGCGGGCAUUGAAGCCCUGAAAUUUCUUUGGGCUUAGAGGGACACAGUUACACUUGGGACCAUGCUGACCUGGACAUUAGGCUAACCACUUUUGAAAAGCAUUUAAGAGGACCUUAAAUCAAAGGUACAUGUAAAAUUCCACUUUAAUUUUGCCUAGUGUUUCAUUGGAACUUUGAUCUUUUAGUGAAAAUCUUUUCUUCUUUUACUCAUCCUAUAGUAUUAUUUUAUCACAUUUUGCCACUUGUACAUCUCCAAAAAUGCAACUUUUUUGUCCCCCCAAAUUUUGUAUAAGCAAUGUUUCCAUUUUCUCUUGGGAAGGCUGUAAUACUCAAGAGAAAUGAAAAACAAAGGUUAUGCAAAGUUUGGAGGGGCAAAUAAGGUGUAUUAUGGGAGAUGUGCAAGUGGCAAAUUGUAUGUGUAAUCAAAUGGUGACGAGUGAAAUUAGGGAAUAAUUUCACUGGUCACCAUUUGAUUAGGUUAAAAACAGUAUGGAUGGCAUAUCUUGUGAUAUGCAAAUCAGCUAAGAAAUGGUUUCUAAUGUCUAUGUGCAUCAGCUGACUGUGUCCCUUUUAAUUUGUCAUUACUUGAUUCAUUUCCCCUUGGACCCAAUAAAUAUCAAUGUCUAGAGAUCAAAGUGAAAAAAAAAUUCUCAAAAAUUUGCCUUACUUCCAAUUGCUACCAAAUUAGGUGCACAGGAAGUGGACUAUUCAAGCCAUACACCUUAGUACCUGAGCUUUAUUGUGACUGGUCACUAGAUACAAUCAACUUUCCUUCAGAAAAUUUCCAGGUGUUCACAGUUUUCUUAAUUUGACAGUAAAUUUCCCAGAUAGUGUCAAUUUUCUCAAUAGAAAAGAAAGCCCUCUAUUUUUCAGUCUUUGCAAAAGCAAAGGUAAAAAAACAACUUCCAUCGAUUUUAUUUGUUAAAACUAUGAAGUGGAAUUGUGUGUGAGUGGAGUACUGAAGACUUUCCAUGUGAUUGGUCGCAGCAAAAGUUAGUAGUACCCUGUUCCAUUUCUUGUCUCCAGUACUGACUCUGCAACUAAAGUUUUUUGUGAUUUCUUUUUCAGUAUGAACGCCGUUUGUAUUUUUUACAAGAAAUUGCUCCUUAUGAUGAGCCUCUGAGAUCUGAAUUACUUAGUGGAAAGUUUACAAUUUUGGUGAGUGGCAGUAUUUCAUCAAUGAGUUUGCUUAUACAGUAGAACCCCAGUAACUCAAACUCUGAAAUAAUAAUAAAUAAUAAUAAAUGUUAUUUAGCCAGGGUUAUCUCUUCAGCAUAAAAUGCUGCUAUCAAUGAGGGCCCUGGAAAAAAUAAAUAAAUAAAUAAAAUAAAAAAAUAUAUAUAUAUCUAUAUAAAACUAGCCUAAAUUACAGUAACUAAAAAUACACUAAAAGUUAAAAAUACAACAAGAUUAAAAAAUUGUUUAAAAAAACUAAAAUACAGCAAUUAAAAUGCAUUUAAAAGCUAAACUAAUACAAAAACUUAACAAGUAACUAAAAAACUUUUGAUCUAUAUAAUUCCAAAAUGCGAGUUUUAAAAAUCACAAAAACAGUUCAAGGUAGCAGGGGUUUCAGUCAUCGGUAUUGAUUGAAUUUUCAGUUCGCCACUUAAAUAUUUAACACUGACAAGAGGGGUCACCAAGACCUGAUUUUUUUCGUUAUAUUUAACUUAACACUUAUAUGUCAUUUGUCGGAUCAGGAAGCCUUCUUUGUCAGGUCAUUGAGCCGAGACCCAUCUCUUAUCUGGAACACUGUUAAAAUUUCUUAACCUAGAUUGAUUCUCUGUUUCCUUUGUCUCAUAAUUAGGGUUAGGAGACAAAGGAGAUAAAACAUCAACUUAGCGUAAAAAAUUUUAAUCUGAAUAUAUUUUGAUAUGUAACAUUUAAGUUUAACUACCUUUACCGUCUCCCAGGGAAAGAAGGAGAGAUUUUUAUAGACUUUAGUCAUUGUCUAUUCUUGGCUAGGGUUAUAUCUUUAGUUGCAAAUACAAAAGUUCAAAGCCAUCUAUUGUAGAAUAUAUUUAAUAUCAAGUUACAGACAACUUUAUAAUAAUGAAAAACAAAUUUCAAUUAUUAAAGGAAUGGAAAAAUGUUUUGAAGAAAAGUGGAAAAAAUUAUUCAGAAAAGACAUUUAUUUGGGUGAACUCUCCUUUUUUCCCCUGUUUUUUUUUUUUUUUUUUUUUUAAAUCUAAUAUGAACAGAUCCAAAAGACAAAAGAAAAAAGUUAUUCUACGCAAUAUCCUGUCUGGCAACCUUACUAUCAAUUUGUUAAUUAAUUUUGCUUUUUUUGUAUUAAGUAAAGGGGUUUCAAUAAAAGUUGAAGUAGCCAGCAGGUUUGAAUAGAGUAACUGACUGUAUCAACAAGGCGCUGUUGGUCCCCUUUUUUGUAGGGGGGAGGGAGAGGGUCUGGGCGUGUUCUGCCUCAGAAAAUUUUGAAAUUUCAAAGCCCUAAAAUGCAAGUUUCAGUAAUCUGGGGACUAAAGUUCAGGACAAAAGAGCGUGUUUUUCAUUCAAGAAAAUGUAGCUUUCAAUUUAUCAGUCACACAAUCAAUUCCUAUGAGCAAUGAACAAAAUGAUGAAAACUAAAUUACGUACUUUUGCACGUAAACAAAUUCUGUGUAAACCUUUAAAGAAACCUAUCAAAAAAAUGAAUGAAAUGUAGCAUUCACAUCACCAAAGCCUAACGUAAAACCAGUGGGCCUUUAUGAAAACUUAUCAUUGAUAGGUUUUUGUUUGCAACGUUAUUCAAACUAGUUGCUUCUUCUUUCUAGAAAAAAAGUAGCCAACCUCAUGAGCAAAGUAGCCAAUGCGUUUCAUGGGGUGCUUAUUGAAACCCCUGAUUGUGUUUCUUCAGUAUUUAAGUGUCUAUGUUUAAUAUGUAUUAUGUGUGUAAGAAGCAAAUAAAUGAAAUUUUAAAAAAAGCAAAAUCUCCCAUCACACAUUAUGGGUUACAGUCCUAAAUGACAGCCCUGACCAGUAAUUUGUUACUAUUUUAAAAAAAUGGUGAUCCUUAGUAAUAAAAUUAUUAUGGAUAUGGAUUCCAUUGAUUGCUUUAAUAGAAUGCACGUGAUGCAGGGGGUGCAGCUGUAGCAGUUUUUACAGCUAGAGAACACUUUCCUGCUACAACAACUCACAGGACCGUCAUCCAGGGGAUAGCAUUUCAGCUAGAUGAGUGCCUGAAAAGGUGUGUCAUGUGGUUAAAUAAGAAGCAUAACGCUCUUUCAUUCCUACUAGAUGCCAAAGUGAAAUUCACAAAAAAAUUCAUCAUUGUCCACGAGUCCCAAAUUGGAAAAUGGAGCCAUAUGCUCUCUCCUUUCAGGUUUCUCUGUCCUUUCCUGCCAUCACUGCCCCUGCCCAUGACCUUAACCCUCCAUUCCACUGUCAUUCUGAAUGGCUUUAGUGGUCCACCUUGCUUCCUUUUCCCUUCUGAAACCCAGUGAAGGCCAUAGGGGUUUUAGCAACAACGAUGGCGACGGCAACAAGAACAUCAAAACAGCAAUAGGUUUAUUAAGCAAAACAACAAGUUUGCUUGUGCAUCACGCUGUUUUGUACAUUUCUUUGCCUUUACUGCUCGACUAUGACAUUAAAAUGCCUCAUUUCACGUUUUAUGGAGGACGUACACGAGUGACGAUGAAAUUUUCUUUCUCUUUCUAAACUUGAGUGCAUUCCCCAAGAAAUCGACUUCAGGAAAAUUUGCCUACAUUAUUAGACAUUUUCAGCGAAUUGGAAUAAACACAACAAAGUUUGAAAAAACACUAAUUCAUUUUAAAAGUGACAUUUUCGCUGCCGUUGCUGUCGUUGAUGCUAAAACUCCCUAUUGGGUGGAUGUGAGGUGGUGAUUCGUUCUCAGCACCAUUACACACAGUUCCCUCUGAAAAAAAUCAUGAUUAUUAUAAAUUUCUUUUUUGUGAAAUCCUUUGAGUAAAAAAAUUGUUGCUCACCAUUUUUUUCCAGUGAUGAAACACAGAAGAAUGGACUGAUUCUACUGUAUGACAUGACAGAAUCUGGGUAUCAAAAUUUUGAUUACGGUCUUGCUCGAAAAAUUUUGGACUUACUAAAGGUGCCUUAUGUUUUUAAUGUAACUGUGAUUAAUAAUAAUUUUUUUUUUAUUCACCUGUCAUGUCUUUUCUGGUUAACCUAUAAUUUUUGCGCUGUUAAUGUUGCUGAAAACAUAGAAAAUACCAGUGGACAUUGUGUAAAAUUUGAAAUAAACAGUUCUGUAACGGCAAAUGGCGGCACAUGAUAUCCGUGACAAUAAAAACAACAACAAAACAUUUAACCCUUUAAGUCCCAAUAGUGACCAAGAUCAAUUUUCUCCUAACAAUAUCCAUACAUUGUCAACAGAUAAGUUAUGAGAAUUAAUAAAAUAAUUACCCAAGUAAAAAUGCUUUGAUCUUUUAUCAAAUUCUCUCAACUCAUUCUUUAAGGAAAUGUAUGGAGAUCAGUUUGGAGAAUUUGUAUGUGGAUACUGGGGUUUAAAGGGUUAAUCAUACAUGAGGCUGAAUGACUCACAAGUAUCUUACAAAACGAUCAUCACACAUAUCCACUGGAAAUCCAUAGCACAAGAAAAAACUGAAACAAAUGGUUUACAAAAACACUUGGGGAAACUUGAAGAAAACUUGAGGUUAUUUCACAGUGGCCUCACGCAUGCCAAUGAUGAGGCCUGUGCGCAUGCUCCUAAUAAAACAAGGGGAAAUCCCCUGGACAGGAUACCAGAAGUUACAAGUUCUCUACAGUAUCAUUACAUAAUCUGACACAUAAUCUGACAUGAGUAAACAUAUGACCUAAGCUGAAAAAAACUCUGUUUUCCAUGUACUGUAAGAUAACGAAGUAGAACCAAACACUAAUGACAAUUUUUUCUUUUGUAUAUUUUACCCAGGGUGGCUAUCCUGCAAGGCUUAAGAAUGUUUUCAUCAUAUCACCACCACUUUGGUUUAAAGCAGUUCUAACAUUGCUCACAAGCUUUCUUCAACAAAAACUCCGAGAUAGAAUUGAAAUAGUACCUAGAGAGUCACUGGUACAGAGACUUCCACAGGCCUCAGUUCCUGAAAGCUUGGGAGGGAUGCUAAAAGUGGACCAUUUUGCCUGGUUAAACACAUGUCUAAUGUCAUUUUCUGAAUCGAUGAAAGAAAAUGGAGUAGUAAAUGCAAGACAAGGUAACAGAGAUUUGAUUUACACUGAAUCUUCCACAACUGGUGUUGACGCUGGGGUGACAGACGAAGGUGCAUUGUCUGUUAUGGAAUUCAUGGAGCAUUUAAUGAAGCUGACACCCAAGGGAAUUAAAAAUGAGUUUGUUGAUUUAAAGAGACGAUCAGGCAAUGGCAACUUUUACUCUGCAAAGUAAGUGGAUGUCAUGUUACUUUAUUUCCUUUGCAAGCGCAGUAGUUUUAGUGCUAGUGAUCAAUGUUGACAUGCAGUGAUGAUGCCAUCAGCUUCCAUUAAUUACAGUUACGGGAAAUUAAAAAUAGUUGUUAAGUACAACUAAGAAUGCUCAGAAAAAAAAUCCGAGCCCCUCAGCGGGAAUCGAAGCCACGCCCUUCCAGAUACCGGUAGGACCCACCAACCACUUAUUGAUGAACCAAUAAAAAUUAACCUUAUUAACCCAUUCGCUCCUGGAGAUUUUGCCGAAAAACGCGUUUUGAAGCUAGUCGAGUGGUUUUCUGGUCACUGUCAUGCUGUAAAGAGCUAAAACUUACCACAAACCGGUUUACAGGUCGUACACUUGGCGGCCUUUUGAUCCAGAUGCAAAAUAUCAGCUUGUGAAGUUCAGGCAUGCGCAGAAAGCAAAAUUUCGAGAUAGUUUUUGGGUUUAAAAGUGACACAGCAGUCUUGACUUUUACUUUUCGCUUUCUCUCCUCCCUUCUUUUUUCGCUUUUCUUGCCUCAUUUUUUUUUUCUCUUGCUGGGCAUUUAGUAGGCUUCAUUUUGGUGGGAAGAGUUUUUAGGAAAGCUUUUAGGAUCUUAGGAUUAGGUGAAAGGAAAGGUAGGUGGGUAAUGGAACAAGAUUUUCAUGGAGAUUUUCAGGUCCUUGUCACGUGGUUUUUUGCUUCUUUCUCCGGUGUCCUUGACUGAAUUGUGCUCAUUCUGGUAUGGUUUGAAAGAUCUCUUCACUCCGCACAAGUUAGCGAAGAAAGUUGUCCUUGACCGUUAAAACUGAUGACGUCACAAAGGGUAGAAAGGACCUGGAUCCGCGCGGGCGGUUACGGGCGGUUCAGGGGCGAAUGGGUUAACAUAUUUUUUAAAAAUCCACACAAUGCUUGAAAACCUUAAGGUACAAAAGUGUAUAGUAGCUAUUUCUGUUGGGCUUGAGGAAAAAAAGAAAAGAAUGCAAAAUUAUUUAUCCCAAACUACUAGACACACUCUGCAUGUAGAGGCUAUUAAACUUAAAGGCAAUAAAGACGUACAAAUUACAGAACUGGAUACAACUUUUGAAUCUGUGAAUGAAAAGCGACUAGUAUUUUUAAUACCAUUCUCAUAAAAGUGCAGUACUUUCCCGUGGUACCAGCCACCUUCCUUAUUGUUUAGUUAACUUUUAAGUGUACAUGAGACUAUGGGGUGUUCACUGAGAAGAACUGGGAAUCUUUCAUUUCAAAUACAGUACUUACAUUACACCAUUUUUUAUUGACUGAAAUUUAAAAAAAUAAUAAAAUGAUAUGAUGUUAUUUUAAGAGAGCUAUGUCAUUUGCAGAUUACCAGAAAAUAAGACGAAAAAUAGGUACCUUGAUGUUUUAUGUCUUGAAGAAUCAAGGGUGAAGCUUACCAACUUGGAUGGGAAUACAGUAAGCUACAUGUAUUUCAAUCUUUGUUUUUGUUGUUGUAAUUUUUACACUUGAUUUUGCUAAUGUUGUGUCAAAACAGUGUUUUCAAAUUAUUUAUUGAUUAGAAUCUUGAGAGAUCCCAAACCCACUGUCUUUGACAAUUUGCAUGAAAAUUUACUGCCAUUGACGUCACUGUACUUGUUGUAACCAUUUACUCUAUUCUGACUAUCAUCUAGGCAAAAGGAGGCAACAAAACUAUUUACAACCUUGUUUACAAAUCAACAUUCAUGUACCGGCAUAUUACCGCACUUUUCACAAACAUCCAAACUCUAAAGUGCAAAAGCCGCCUUCACAAAUAUUGCGUUUUUCACUGCCGUCAAUCAUAAUUACUAUCAAAAGCAACAAACCUUGAAACACAGAAACACACAAAACGGAUCCAAAUCCACUGAUUACAUCACAAAUGAUGACCUUUUGAACCCGUUAAAGUAAAGUUUUGUUUCCUAGGAGGUCCGUUAAGAUGAUUGACGGCAGCAAAAAACGCAAUCGUCAGUUGGCUUUUGAACUUCACAAUUCGCAUGUUUGUGAAAAGCGCAGUAACACAGGGUUCCUAUUAAUGCACACAUGUGCAUAUCUUAUGUGCAAAAAUCGUAAGGGAUUCUCCCUUCUUUAAACUGAAGAGUCCCAAGAAUGUACAGGGACUGGUUACUACCAUUACAUCUUUGCAGCCUUUGGCCUCAUGUACAGAAAUACAUUGUGGAACAUUAAUUUUCAAAACAAGUGGGAAGUCUAUUAACAGAAAUAAAUUGUCUCUGGUGGAAGCAUGAAGUUCUCAGGUGUAAAUGGUUUAUAUCAAAACACAAGCAAAAGCAUUAAUUUAUGGACAGUACAUCAAGUUCCUGUCAUUCUCAUUCAAUAAUUAUUUUAUUGAAUCGUUAAUUUAAGAGUUUCUACAAUUUACUUGGAGCUCAGACAUUAUUAUUAUUGUUAUUAUUAUUAUGAAAUUAUUAUUAUUAUUAUUAUUAUUAUUAUAACUAUUAUUACUAUUAUUAUUUACAAAAGGGUAGCAACUUCCAUACUAUAAACUACAUGUAUGUUGUAUUUCUGCAGAAAUCAAACUAUAUACACGCAAACUACAUGGAUGGGUACAAGCAACCAAAAGCAUACAUAGCUACUCAGGGUUUGUAUUACUUUAUUCAACUUGAUAAAAUAUUACUGAAACAGUGCAUUAUAACUUGGGGAUUUAACUCAUGAGUGGAGAGUAGUGGGUUUUCAAUUUACAUAUUAUUGCAAAACACCAGAAUUUUUUUCUGGAAGGCCUUUGUGUUGCAGGGAAUUAUACCAAUAUGGUGUGAGAAAAUUAGGCUCCAAACAGUAGUCAACAACAGUUAAUUGGUUUAUGGUUUUGUGGCUUGCUUGCAAGGCCUUUUUGAUUGGUCAUCACAUAAUAAAAUGAAUGUUUAUGAGAUGUGGUGCGCACAGUUUUCUUUCUCUGUUAGUAAAACAAAGUUUCAAUUAAAUUUUGUGCAUUAAUGCUCACUUACAGUGUAUAAAACACAAUGUAGUUUUUAAUGCUUUUCUUUCUUUCUUUCUUUCUUUAUUUAUCUAUCUUUAUUUACAAGGACCACUUCCCAACACUAAAAGUGACUUCUGGCAAAUGCUGUGGGAGCAACAAGUCUAUGUCAUCGUCAUGGUAACGAGGUCAGGCCUUCAAGUACAAUGUUGCACAAUAAUAAUUGUUUAUUUAUCACAUUAUAAUAAAUUAUAAUACUAAUUAUCAGAAUUUUUAUUGAUCCUACUUGAUGUUUUCUCUUCAAACUGAAGGGAAAGAAAAAUAUACACAUGGGCUUUGAUUUAUAUUAAUCAAUAACAAAGCCCUUUCAAGAUGAAACUUACUUCGCGAGGAAGCCACGUUAGCCCUGCCUAAUCCCCUUUUUUGCUACCAAGAGAUUUUUGGUUUAAUCUGUUAACUGAUGAGGCACCUCUUAAUAAACUAUUCUUUUUUUUUGCAAAUUUUAAUGUGGAUGAGUUAGCAUAAAUCUAUUGCCAUCGCUGAGAAGAGCGUCUUAAAGGGACAGGUUCACGGUUCAGCGUAUGCUCAUUAAUUAAAUUACUUUUUUUCCAAUUUAUUAUUAAUUCUAUGGGUUAUAAUCCCACUCACAUGUAUCUCAGCGAUCUCAGAGUGUAUUUCAAAGUAAAAGUGUAUUUUAGAGUAACCUGAAGUGGGAUGGAGGAGUACUAAAAUAGCAGAAAAAUUAGUGAAUUAUGCCAACGCUGCCAACGUUGAAUUUAUUGUUGACCCGAGGGUUUUAUUCCAUGGUUGAUUAAUUUACAGCUAUUUGCACCUAAGUUGGUCAAGUGACUACCAGGGGAGUGUUCAGAUUGGUUCUUUGACAAGAUUAUGACAUGAUCAUAUUGCUUUCAUAGACGAUACAGCAUGUCUCGGCAGAAAAAUAGCAUUUUGAUUAACGAGCAUGCGCUGAACCGUGAACCUGUCCCUUUAAAAUCUGUAAAGUUGCCAAGUUUGAGAGUGAUAGGAUAAAGACUAAUGAAUAUUUGACUCUGCUUUUCACAAAAUUUGAAAGGCUUUUGUAAAACUUUCACGACUUUGCCGGAGGAGCACUGUCUUCGCUCGUUUCUAAACACUUGGCAAGUUCGCUAAUUUUAUGGUGAUCUUUCUAACAGCAUUCAUAGAAUUACUCUGGCAGUACCCUGUCAGAAGUUGAAAGAACUGUGCAAGGGUGUAUUGGCAGACCUGGUAUUAUUAGUGGAAGGCAAACCUUUGACAUCCUUGAUACAGUAGAACAUCGACCUAAUGAAGUGCAGUGGAAAAUGCAUGGGAAAAUGUUUUACUUGGAGCGCCAUGCCAUAAAAUUAUUUUGCCUUAACUGGGAAAAAGAAUACCUUUUUGAUCAAAAUAACUUUCUUACAGUAGUAAAUUAAUUACUAUGUAUGUACAUGGCCUCUCAUAGACUGCAAAACAGUCGGUUUUUUCCUCAAGAUCAGUAAAGAAAUCGAUAAAGCGUGACGUAAGAGUCUUGGCUCGCGUGUACUUGAAUACGCAAAAAUACGGACUGUUUUGCAGUCUAGGCCUCAUGUACAGAAAUACAUUGUGGAACAUUAAUUUUCAAAACAAGUGGGAAGUCUAUUAACAGAAAUAAAUUGUCUCUGGUGCAAGCUUGAAGUUCUCAGGUGACCUGAUCAUAUUGCUUUCAAAGACGAUACAGCAUGUCUCGGCAGAAAAAUAGCAUUUUGAUUAAGGAUCAUGCGCUGAACCGUGAACCUGUCCCUUUAAAAUCUGUAAAGUUGCCAAGUUUGAGAGUGAUAAGAUAAAGACUAAUGAAUAUUUGACUCUGCUUUUCACAAAAUUUGAAAGGCUUUUGUAAAAUUUUCACGACUUUGCCGGAGGAGCACUGUCUUCGCUCGUUUCUAAACACUUGGCAAGUUCGCUAAUUUUAUGGUGGUCUUUCUAACAGCAUUCAUAGAAUUACUCUGGCAGUACCCUGUCAGAAGUUGAAAGAACUGUGCAAGGGUGUAUUGGCAGACCUGGUAUUAUUAGUGGAAGGCAAGCCUUUGACAUCCUAGAUACAGUAGAACAUCGACCUAAUGAAGUGCAGUGGAAAAUGCAUGGGAAAAUGUUUUACUUGGAGCGCCAUGCCAUAAAAUUAUUUUGCCUUAACUGGGAAAAAGAAUACCUUUUUGAUCAAAAUAACUUUCUUACAGUAGUAAAUUAAUUACUAUGUAUGUACAUGGCCUCUCAUAGACUACAAAACAGUCGGUUUUUUCCUCAAGAUCAGUAAAGAAAUCGAUAAAGCGUGACGUAAGAGUCUUGGCUCGCGCGUACUUGAAUACGCAAAAAUACGGACUGUUUUGCAGUCUAGGCCUCUCACUACUUGUUACUCAUAGGUUGUUGUCUUUUUAAUUUCUCAAGGUGCUUCGAGAGAAGUCGAAUGAAAUGCAUUCAGUAUUGGCCAGAAAACAGUGAAACAAACCAGUUUGAAACAGUUGAUGUGACUCAUCAAGAAACUCUAGAAUUUGAAGAUCACGUUGAGAGGACAUUUUCCCUGAGACACAAAAAGGUAAUCAUGGCAUAUUUUACUGCAGAGACAGCACACAGUUGUCUAGUUAGACACUUACGUCCAGAAAUACUAGCAGCUUGGAAUUUAGGUACUUCAUAUUAGACACAGUUGUUAUUUGUAGUGUCCAUGUCGCUUCAUGCUUGACAAAAUUGCUUGCGUUUAGCUGGGGAUUAGGGCUAUGGGACACUUCGUGAUAUUUAUCAUAAAAGGAUGAAUCUUAUUCAGAGGGAGCUUGUGGUAAGCAAUGACGAAGACGACGGCAGUGAAAACAUCGCUAAAAAAAUGAAUUUGCGUCUUUAAAAACUUUAUCGCGUCUAUUUGAAUCCGCUCAAUUUAUCAAAUAUACAAAUGUAGGCGAUUUUUCCUGGAGUUGAAUUCUUAAGGACUUUUUGCAGGUUCAGAAAAGGGAAGGACAAUUCCUCGUCGUAUGUUCACCUCCUGUAUAAAACGUCGCAUUAGUUGGUUUUACAUCGUAGUAAUGCAAUGGACGUCAAACAAAUGUACUACACCAAUCCUGGACAUAUCUGUAGCUAGUCAGUACAGUAGGGUGGUUACAUCCGUAGCGGCAAGGCUGCUAUUCAUUCCCUUAUAAGCGUCUGCCACACAGGCUGUUAGGCCCUCAGAUUUUGCACACCUUCGCAGCACUCGUCACGCAAGGACGGGGAGCACUGCGUGACUCCGGCCCGACCGCAAAGGAGACUAGCCUUGUCUCCGCCACUGUGUUCAGUUGUCCCUUUAGACAUUCGUAGCACAAGGUCUGUUUCACAUAAUGCGUAGAUCCGCGGUUUUUAGCUUAAGUAAAGAAAAUAAAUUUUGCAUUGUCCGCGAGUGGGUCAUUUGCACACACUUCUAAGCCCCAUCGGUGGCCGUGGUGGUUUCAUGAAACUGUUGCUACCGCCUUUCCCCACCCCCCGUGGGCCAUGGAAAUGUGUAACAGUUUGCAUCAGAACGUUGUCGCAAAUGGUAUAUGGUUUUUAGUCCUCCUUGGCCUGCCAGUAAUUAUAUAUCAUUAUGAAUUUGUUCUUCUCGCUUGUUUGUAUGUUCUAUUUCAAAAAUAUGAUUAUUUUAUAGACUAUGCGCAGUAUAAAUAAUUGAUAAUAAAUAAAUAAUAAAAAUAAAAUUAUUGCGUAGACCGACGAUAUUUACAAAAUACUACAACCUUGAUUUCACGAUGCAUUGCUUCCGUUUAUUACAGAAUGUGUAAGUUAUUACAAAGUGCCGCAACACUUGUAACAAAGUGUGUCAUUAUAACAAAACGUCCCAGAGCAAAAAUACUUGGAAUUAAUGUCACGAUAAAAAUGCAAAUUUUCUUAUGUACAUAUCCAUAUCCAUUUUUUAACCUUAGUCUGGAGAAACGCGAAGGAUAACUCAUUUUCAAAUGACUUCGUGGCCAGAUUAUGGAGUGCCCUCUUCAGCAGAAUCCUGCCUCCAUGUGAUUGGCCUUGUUCGUGAGGCCCAAACAGAUGCAGUGCAGGCCUUGGGGUCAAGAUGGAAGGGACACCCCAGAGGCCCUCCCAUUUUAGUGCACUGUAGUGCAGGCAUCGGUCGCACAGGGACCUUCUGCACGAUUGAUGUCAACGUGGCUCGUUUGAGCGACGUGGGCAAAUGCGAGAUAUUCAACACAGUGAAGCAUUUUCGGGCUCAAAGGGCCUUGACUAUUCAAACAGUUGAACAGUACGAGUUUUGUCACCUGGCCAUUUUAGAGCAUGCCCUUAACAUGCCAAGUACAAUGCAAGAAGAAAAAGAGGCGAUCAGAGACUUCUUAGAAGGCUGGAAAAUGCAACUUAGGGACUCAACUGACUGAUAAGUGGAUAGUUGAUGUUUGCGGUGUGAAGCCGGGCUCCUGAUGUACCCCCUGGUCUCUGUAGUCAUAGUGUAUCCUUAGAUGACAAUACAUGCUCCACUCAUUAGAGACCUUUAGAUUCUAAGACCAGUACGACUACGAGUACUAGAUUUUCUUGAUACAAAAUAGUGCACGCGCGUGAACCAGCGUCAUUUUGGUGGGAAAACGUAGCCGUCGUUAUUCUACCACGAGUUAUAGCGAAAAUAUCGUAGUGCGCUUUCCAUUUACCAAGAAAUUCCGGUUCGGAAUUUUCCGUGCGUUCCACUGAAAAUUCCCGGGGAUUAGUGGGAUUUUGAAAAGGUAGUCCUGUUUUCCGGCUGGAAUCUUUGCGGUGGAAAUGCAUGUUCCAGUUACGAGUUUUUACGAGGAAUCACCAGUUCCAGGCUAUUCAAGGAGAUAUCUGUGUCACCAUUUUUAAUUUUGGUGAUGAGAGCAUGAAAGGAACUUGUGUCAAAUGGAACACGUUCUUAGCUCGUUGGACCUCUCCAUGGAAGUUUCUCAAAGUUUUUGGUAAAUGGAAAGCGCCCGUAGUCGUCGAAACAAGUGAUCAAAUGUUAGAAGACUUAUCAUUUUAGGAUCAGGGGAGGGCUUAUCCUCCUUCAUUAGAAAUAAUGGUGCCAACUUUUCUGGUGGAAAAAAGUACAACGGAGCUUUCUGGGGUGCCUAUUUUUUGAGAAUACAGUCGACUCCCGCUGACUCGAACCUUCAAGGGAAAUCUACAUCUACAUUUAUCGGGAGUUUGAAGCAAAUAACCGGAAGUAGGGAAAUGAGCAAAUGGAUGCUGAGGGAAUGCAAUUAAGCAACAAAGUAUACAGAGAUGGACACUGAGUUUGAACUGGAGUGACAAAAAAGGAAAGACAAAGAAUUGACUCGGUGGUUUUAAAAUAAAUUCAACGUUUCGGACUUCAAUACACGGUCUUCUUCCCAACUUGUCACGUGCUUAUAACAUGGUUCCAGUUAUCGAGGGAAAAACUGUAUAGAAGUGAUCAGAACGGAAACAAAAAUGACUUCGAGUUUGCGGGAGGUUCGAGUUAUCGAGGGUUCGAGUUACCGAGGCUAAAAUUACAGUAAAUGUAAGAAGGAAAUCCAGGGGAAAUCGACUUUGGUUCGAAUUAGCGGGAGGUUCGAGUUAUCUAGGGUUCAAGUUACCGAGGGUAAAAUUACGGUAAAUGGAAGAAGGAAAUCCAGGGGAAAUCGACUUUGGCUCUAGCCUCCCACGCAGACGUUUUUACGGGUUCGUCACGCAAUGACGAGCCCCCCAAGAACGUUUGCAUGGGAAGCUACUCUGGUUCGAGUUAGCGCGAGGUUCGAGCUAUCGGGAGCUGAACUGUACGUGAAAAAACUUUGUUACCUCUCGUCCUUGUAGUCGUCCUGGUCCUGGAAUCUGAAGCCGUCUGUGAUUUCUUUUGAUGUGAGGAUAGUUGGCCACUGAUAUUUUUGCCACAUACCUCUUCUGUUAUCUGUAAUUGAGUAGACCGUGGAAAAAUAGACUCAUUUUCUGUUAUUAAUAACAGAAUAGGAAAUCUAGAAACUCAAACGUUUUAUAUUCAUCAGUUCAGGGAGAUUCUAGUUUAAGUCAUUCUCAGUUUUCUCUUGUUUUUACUCUUAAAACGUUUCUGUGAGACGUUUUACAUCAAGAGCAAUACUUGCUUAAUCUGGGUAAAUCUCCUUAGCGUUUUGUUAACUGUACAGCAUGCUGGAAAGACAACAAUAGUUCUCUAGGACAUGAGCUAUUCAUCUGUACUUUGAUAGAUCAUUAGUAGCGGCCAAACGCUUAGUAUUCGAUCAGUACACUAGUAUAUAGAAAGUAUUAGGUAAUAGAAGCGGAUCAAUUUAGGUGUUUGGGAAACUGCCCACCUACCCCUCCCCUAAACCAUCGUUAUCACUAACUUCUCACUUAGGGCAAAAUGUUGGCGUAGGGAAGGGGUAGGUGGGCACUAGAAAUACCUAAGAUGACAGCAAUUUACUCCAGGAAAAGGAUCUGGGGAGGGGAUGGCGACUGUCCCAUAUUCACUUAUAGUUGGGCAUGCCACAGAAACAGGGUUACUAAGCAGUAAGCCGUAAUGUAAUUUGCAUGCUCUUGCUAAUCAGUUCUUGGAACUGACAAAUGUCACCCUCUAGAUAACGUGAGUUUGGUUUUAGGACUCACAAACAAACGUGAGAAUAAGAAACCGUACAGUGGAACUUUUUGGGGGACAUUUUUGUGUAGCCUGCAGGCGUUGUUUCUUCGCAUUUUUCAGGCGAGUGAAGGCAAGCGCGAAGCAAGCGAGGAGCACCAGACACGCCCGACUGGGAAAGGUGCGCGCGCGUGUCCCGUGUCUGCCGUGUCUAGCUCGCCAGGAAAACGUGAAAAAAAGCGCCUGUUCUCCAAACUAAUUUUUGUGUGGUCAUUUAGCGUAUCAAUGCAAAAUUUGUAAAGUAAGUUUGGAUUUGUUAGUUUUCUUGUAAAUACCGUAAAAUUCAGAAAACAAGCCCUUCCAUGUUCAAGCCCCUCCAAAUAUAAGCCCCCCAAACCGGUAACGCAAAAAACCCUCCGUUAAAUCGCCCCUCCAAAUACAAGCCCCCCGGGGGCUUGUACUUGGAAAAUUGCCCUCGAAUACAAAGUAAAACAAAGCAAAAACGGUAAAUUUACUUCCAACUAUAAGGCUAGGCCAAUCGAUUUUGAAACGCAAAUUCCCCUCCGUAGAUAAGCCCCUCCGAACAUAAAUAAGCCCUCAAAAAGGGCCUUUGAAAAAUAUAAGCCCCGGGGCUUAUUUUCGGAAUUUUACGGUAUUUUUUAUUAAUUAGUUAGUAUAUUUUAUGAUCAUCAGACAGUACAAACUGUAAUUAAUUUUAAAUUAUAAGGGUGUCACCAUUUUUAAUGGCCCUAGAGGUGCUAACCAGUGAGACCCAGUCUUGAUAGUCUGUAUAUGGAACAUUCAAGAGGUAACUGGCUAGAAUAAACAAAAAAAAGGGAAUGUAAAUAGUAAACCAAGCAUUGGUUUAGGUGCGAUUUUAUUAAAUAUAGAAUAGUUUGUUUCCAAUCCGGAGCGAUGGUCACGUAAUUAGACAAUUCAGUCAUGGAAAAACGAAAAAAAUUCUAGGGAAGGACAACUUAGAGAAUUCUGCAAUAAGGCAGAAAGGAAAGGAAAGUCUACGAAAAAUGGGAAAUUUUACUUUCCGGUUGCCACAGGGCUUUGUGAAGAUUAUUUAAAGACAUUUUUAAACUAGAAAAACCUUCUGUAGUUGAUCAAUUUCAAUACUCCUAAUCCUGCCAAAAAUAUAGUUUACCUGGAAAAAAAUGCAAAGAGAUCAAAAAUGAGAGAAUUACUAUUCAUGGGAUGCGAAAGAACUGCGAAGUGCAAGGUAAACUACAGUUGUUUUUAAAAGGACAGCAUAUGGUCAGGCUAGGGUAAUGAGUGGAAAACCCUGAUGGUAAACAAGCAGUAUUAAUUUUAUAUUAGUCUAGAAAUACCACAGGUUUUCUAUAAAUACCGUUAGGAACUAUUUGCGUGCACUGAUUUCUAUUUUCAGUCUUGACUUAAUUGUUUUUGUUGUUGUUUUUCUUUUUUAGUAAGUUCUGAGUCAUCGGAAGGAUGAAUCGUGAACUACUUUUUUUUAACUACUUGAACUCCUAACUUAUAUAAAGUACUUCAAGUUUAUGAAACUUUUUGUCAUCCACUUUCCAAAGGUAAUGCAUGGUUAUUACUUAAAUCUGACUUUUAAUGUAAAAAACGCAUUUUUUUGCGUGUGUCAUUCAAUGAAAUACAAAAAUAGAUGCCCAGUAUGUGAAAUUAAGUUAAUGAAACUGAGACAGUUAAAAACAAAUUCACAAC